AUGAUUGAUCUAAGUAUGUGGGAGAACUUUCCAAUGUUAAUUCCAAGCAAAAAUUGUAAAUCUUGGAAAGGACAUAUAUUGUUAAAUGCGUAUAGUGUUUACAUAGAAAUGUCUUGCCCUAAUAUACCACUACUAGACGAUUUAAAAGUUCAAAUUCCAGAACUUGAAGCCUUCAACUUCUAUCAAUUUGAUUUGAAGGAAACAGUAGAAAUAGUUAAACAAAAAACACAUUCAUUGGCAGAGUUUUUAAAGGAAUUAAUUCCAGUUUUGGUAAAAGUUUAUAAACAAGAUACUUCUAUAAACUUGCCAAAUUUGAGUUAUGUAUUUGAUGAUGAAAAGUUCCAAUCUGUAAUUCAAGAAGUCAAUUUAUAUGAUAUGUGUAAGCACAGCCAUUUUAUAAAAAUUUUUAUACCUGAUGAAUAUCCCAUGGUUAAAAAACAACCAUUAUGUUUUGAAACUAUGGUUCCAUCAGUAAGCUUGAACUUGUUUUUGAAGAUGAACACUAUUUUAAACUUAUUUGAAACGUUUAAGAAUGUUGUUAAUGAAUUGAACAAUUUUUGGAAUGUGCACAACGAAAUUAUUAGCACUUGUAAUACUAUAGGAUCUUAUACUUUUAGAGAUGUUAAUUAUAGAAUACCUAUUGGGUUAGGAUGUGUAGCAUUUUAUUUGGUAAAUAUUCAUGUAUGUGUUGAAGUUGAAGUUGAUCCAUUGAAUCCUUUGAACUGUCCUAAAUUUCAUCUUCAUGGUCGCCCAGCUUCUAUGGAGAAGUUUCAAAAAAGAUUAAAUGAAAUCAAUCCAAUUUUGAUUUGGAGUUCCGAAAACAGUUUUAAAGAAAAUAUUCUGAAUAUAUUUGAAGUUCCUACUCUUCAGUCACAAUAUGAAGAAGAGAAACCAGAACAUUAUAUUUCAAGUCAAAAUGAUUUGAAUUGUUGUUGUAUAUGUUAUGAUCAAUUAGAUAUGGCUAUAAAAAACCAAACCAAAUCGUGUGUUAAUGAAAAAUGUGAUGCAUUAUAUCAUAUGUCAUGUAUUUGUGAGUGGUUGCUGAAUUCUGGUAGUACACCAAUGUUUGAACAUUUGCAAGGCAAGUGUCCUCAAUGUGAAGAAGACAUGCUGGUAGCUUUGGAAAAUUUUGAUUUGAUUAAAACUUGA